CUGAAAGCAGCAUUGUGGACACAGCGCCCACCUCCGCUCCUCUGGCUGUGUUUUUUUAUUUUCUUUGCACAAGCAGCCAUUAUAGCUGAGAUACAAAAGUUUUUUUUCCCUCUUUUCUUCUUCUUUAUUUGCGUUUUCAGGGUGCAAGUGCUUCUUUUGUUUAAAAGCUGAACACGACACGGAGUGAAGGCAUUCGGUGCGUGGCGCAGCGCGACAGUGCGGUGUCCGAUUACGAACCGUGCAGCUUGGUCCCGGUGAGCGCUUCCCCGUGGGGCAGAAAUAGCACGCUUAGCUCCGGAGGGACGAGACAGAGCACAGAGGAAUCCCUGUAGAGACAAAAGGAGUUUUUGUUUUUUAUUACAAUUAUUUUUGAGCGUGGUCGUCAUUCUCAGAGUCAAGUAAGCUGUAAGGAUAUUUCAGCUCCAGCUCCUCUUCAUUUCCAGUUACCCCACCACUCUUCUCACUGGGACAAGACACGCACUUUUGCUCAGUGCUAGAUGAACGGGAGUUGGGCACUUUACUUGGUGUGCCCUCUUGCUCUUGGCCUUUGAGGCCUAAGGAGAAAAAAAGUGAAGCCCAGACCCCCAUGGGACGCCUUGUUAUCCAGCAUGCACUGCUGCUGUUGCAGUGCAUGUUGGUCCUGCGCCCUUGUGGUGUUGCCAGUAGGAGAGGGCCGGUGCUACUGCCUGAAUCUCCCUGCCACAAGACGGAGCACCCACUCAUCCCACACUCAGAGAUGGAGCCAUGGAUUUUCAGGUUCAAAGCAGAGGGCACAGUGGAUUAUUCACAGCUGACCUUCGACCCUGGCCAGAAUGAACUGAUCGUUGGUGCCAGAAAUCAUCUCUUCAGGCUCAACCUUGAAGACUUGACAUUGAUCCAGGAGGCUGAAUGGCACUGUGAUGAGUUCACAAAGGGAGCCUGCUUCAGCCGAGGAAAAUCCGAGGAGGAGUGCCAGAACUACAUUAGGGUGCUGCUGGUUAAUGGGAACAGACUGUUUACCUGUGGAACCAAUGCAUUCACCCCCAUCUGCACCAAUCGAACGCUGACAAACCUGACUGAGAUCCACGAUCAGAUCAGUGGGAUGGCUCGGUGUCCUUACAACCCCCUGCACAACUCCACAGCCCUCAUCACAUCCAGCGGAGAGCUCUACGCCGCCACCGCCAUGGACUUCUCUGGACGAGACCCGGCCAUCUACCGCAGCCUUGGCGGACUGCCGCCAUUACGCACUGCCCAGUACAACUCCAAGUGGCUAAACGAGCCAAAUUUUGUCUCCUCCUAUGACAUCGGCAACUUCACUUACUUCUUCUUCCGAGAAAAUGCGGUGGAGCAUGACUGCGGCAGGACUGUGUUUUCCCGAGCCGGACGUGUGUGCAAGAAUGACAUCGGUGGCCGCUUUCUGCUGGAGGAUACGUGGACCACCUUCAUGAAAGCCAGGCUGAACUGCUCCAGGCCAGGAGAAAUUCCCUUCAACUACAAUGAGCUGCAGGGCACCUUCUACCUGCCUGAGCUGGAGCUGCUCUAUGGCAUUUUUACAACUAAUGUAAACAGCAUUGCUGCCUCUGCAGUGUGUGCCUUCAAUCUCAGUGCCAUAUCCCAGGUUUUUAAUGGACCUUUUAAGUACCAGGAAAACUCACGAUCGGCUUGGCUGCCCUACCCCAACCCAAACCUAAACUUUCAGUGCGGCACCAUCAACUCUGGCUCCUAUGUGAACCUGACUCAAAGAAACCUACAGGAUGCACAGAAGUUUCUGCUGAUGCAUGAGGUGGUCCAGCCAGUGGUCCCUGUUCCUUAUUUCAUGGAAGACAAUGUGCGCUUCACUCAUAUUGCAGUGGAUGUGGUACAAGGGAAAGACACACUGUUCCACAUCAUUUAUUUGGCCACUGGUAAGUACCUCAGCACAACCUUUUUUCUAAUAAGAAAAUCUGUGAGUAGUACAGGAGAAAGUUGUUCUUUUAGGUUUAGAAUUAAACUCACUCAGUCUUCCCUUUGGCCAUUGGCUCGCACUUAUACUGUACCUAAUCACACGCUGUUAUUAACGCCUAAACGCACCCCACUGAUUGGGGCCAUUGUGGGGAAAUCUAAUAGCUCCAGCCGGGAGUUCAAAGAUGUCGAAGUAGCCUGCGUAGGAGCCAGGGACCCAUAUUGUGGCUGGGAUUUGUUGCUGAAAAAAUGCACCACCCUGGAGGAAAGUGUCAGAAUGAGCCAGUGGGAGCAGAGCAUCACAAAAUGUCCAGUCCGUAAUGUUACAGUCGAUGGGGGCUUUGGUGCCUGGUCUGGCUGGUCCACCUGCACCCACAAUGAUGGAGGCAGCUCAGGGGCUUGUCUGUGUCGGACGAGAGCCUGCGAUAAUCCCACCCCUCAGUGUGGUGGCCAGAAGUGCUAUGGGAUCAGCGUUGAAGUCGCCAACUGUUCCCGAAAUGGAGCGUGGACUCCCUGGACUUCCUGGUCCCCUUGCAGCACCAGUUGUGGCAUCGGCUUCCAGGUGCGUCAACGCUCCUGCAGCAACCCAACACCUCGCCACGGUGGGAGAGUGUGUGUUGGCCAGAACCGUGAGGAAAGGUAUUGUAACGAACACCUGCCCUGCCCUCCCCAUGUGUAUUGGUCGGCCUGGUCGGCUUGGGAACGUUGCAAUGUGCCCUGUGGCGGAGGCAUCCAAUCCCGACGCAGAACCUGUGAGAAUGGCAACGACUGUCCAGGGUGUGGUCAGGAGUACCAGUCCUGCAACACCCUUCCGUGCCCCGACCUCAAGAAGACAACGCCCUGGACUCCGUGGACGCCCGUCAAUAUUUCUGACAACGGCGGCCACUAUGAGCAGCGUUUCCGCUACACCUGCAAAGCACGCAUCCCCGACCCAAGUCUCCUGGAAGUGGGGAGACAGAGGAUUGAGAUGCGCUACUGCUCCAGCGACGGAUCCACUGGCUGCUCCACUGACGGUGAAGUUCUUCGUCUGGGGAGAAUCUCAGGCCACACUGUGAAUGGUGGCUGGUCCUCCUGGAGUUCCUGGUCUCAGUGUAGCAGAGACUGCAGCCGAGGCAUUCGGAGCAGAAAGAGGACCUGCAGCAGCCCAGAGCCGCGGUACGGAGGUCAGACCUGCCUGGGCCCGGCGCAGGAGUUUCAGGAGUGUAACAUCACGCCCUGUCCAGUGGAUGGCAGUUGGUCCUGCUGGUCAUCAUGGUCUAAGUGCUCUGUGACUUGUGGAGGAGGACACUACAUGAGGACGAGGACCUGCAGCAACCCUCCACCAGCCUACGGAGGAGACAUCUGCCUGGGACUGCACACCGAGGAAGCACUUUGCAACACACAGGCUUGUCCAGAGAGCUGGUCCAGCUGGUCUGAGUGGUCCCACUGUGACUCCAGCGGCGCCCAGCUGCGAGUGCGUCACUGCGAUGUUCUUUUCCCCACUGGAAACCAGUGCUCAGGAAACAGCAGCGAGACCAGACCCUGCUCCCCUGACUCCAACUUUAUACCAGAAGUCUCCAUCGCACGCUCCAGUCAGGAGGAGAGGCGCUGUGGAGAUUUCAACCUUUUCCACAUGAUCGCGGUGGGUCUCAGCAGCUCCAUUCUUGGUUGCCUGGUCACGCUGCUCGUCUACUCCUACUGUCAGCGCUACCAGCAGCAGUCCCACGACGCCACGGUCAUCCACCCCAUCUCCGCCGCCCCGCUCAAUACCAGCAUCACCAACCACAUCAACAAACUGGACAAGUACGACACUGUGGAAGCCAUCAAGGGCUUCAACAAAAACAAUCUGAUUCUGGAGGAAAGGAAUAAGUACUUCAACCCACAGCUUGCCGGGAAGACUUAUACCAAUGCAUAUUUCUCCGACCUCAACACCUAUGAUGACUAUUAACCCCAGACUUCUAUAGCGGAGAUCAUUACCCUGUUGUCCAUUUUGACCUCUUCCCCUUUCCUUGUGCUUUGUAUGGAGAUUUGUAACACCUUAUGUGGGAUACUCCCACUGUGACACUCGGUGGCAGCUGGUAUGUAACGAAAACACAAACACUGGUGUUGCCAAAAGAGGGAAAUGCCCACUUUCUCUCAGGUGCCUUGGGGUACACUUGGAAAAACCUGGACUCGCCAAGAGAAAGAGACAAUUGGAUCUCCAAUGCUGCGGAUAUUUUGGGGAGUGACAUCCAAUCUAAUGUUGUUUUUUUUUCCUGAUGCCCCUAAGACAGACCUGUAUUUGUAACGAUGGGAAAUGACCACAAAUUUCUUUGCAUGACUUCAUCUGAUGUGUUUGCUCUGCUAUUCCGUUGCAAUUUGCAUGAUGGAUCACAUUCCAGGGUUCCAGAGACAGUUUGAUGCUGUUAUUGGCUAUGGGAUUCGCGUCAGAAGUCCUAAAACAAAUAGUCUGUAGGAACGACCAGUGGUUUUUCCAUUCGCUACAACGGUAAUGCCCUACCUGACAGUUGGAACAAUGUCCAACUCCAGUCGUAGAUUCAGGAUGUAGAUAUUUGAUGUCUGUGGUCAACAUUGGUUAUGUUAUUGUUUUAUUUUGUUUGUUUUAUUUUGCUUUAUUUCUUUUCAGUAGCUACAAAAAAUACAAGUUAUAAAUAUAAAAAUGUUUUCUUUCUCCUUUUUUAUGUUUUUGUACAGGAAAUUACGUUUGAUGCCUAUGUCUAGAUUUUCUAUGCAUUUAAUCAUUGCUUCAAGUGUGCAGAGUACAUCUUUAAAAAAAAAAACAACAACAUUGUGUCCACAUUGUGGCAAUUAUUUGAGAGUACUCAUAGCAGGUUGCCUCAAUUUACCAUUGCCAUAGUACUUUUUAUAAAUAUUUUGUAAAAGAAUAAGAAAAAAAAAACAUUGUUUUUGAAUUUUGAUAGUGUUCACUAUUUUAUUGACUUCUGAGUCAUAAAUAUGUGUUUGUGAAAGCAGAAUGUUAUUGGCAUUAACUAUACAGAUGGAGCAUACAUAGCAAGUACUGUUUCUCUGAUUCUCAGCUUCAGUGCUACCCAUGUACCGUAAUUUGGUUGUUUUUUUUGGUUUUUUUGUUUGUUUGUUCUUUUUUAUCUAUUUUAUUUCUUUUGGUUCAGUUGCAACUAACUCUUUCUACAUGUUUGCUUGUGUUUUGUGCAUAAAUUAAAACAGCUUCCUACAAAACAUGUCUACAGUGACUGACAGAUUCAACGGUCUGUACUUCUUUUUGUAAAGCUUUGCUAGAAAACGAUCUAAUAAAUGUUUAUUUUCAUUUAGGUGAAGAUACCGUGAUUGAAGGUAGUGACCUAAAACUUGCACCAUCAACUUUGGAUUCUCAUAGUUCCUUGCAAAAAUACUCAUGCCUUUUAAACUUUCGUCAUGACCAGCCACAAACUGUGGCUUUUAUAUGACAGACCAACGCAAACUCAAUCCCAACUCAAAUAGCACAGGCUCAGUUUUAUCAGAUAGAUAAAAUCUGAUAAAACUGUAUCUAAAUUCAGAGAGAGUGGUCUGAAGAUAUUGUUAUUCACAUUUUGCCACAGAUUUUCAAUUGGAUUUAGAUCAGGACCUUUCACCAGGCCAUUCCUUUCCAUAAAUCCCAUAUUUGUGAAGUGCACUGCUAUCAGUUGUCUUGUCACCAUAUUCUUCCGCCAGAACUACCAUGAGUUCCUUGGCUGUUGUUUGUGAGUAAUGAUUCCUUGCCCAUUCUGUCAGGUUACGUGGACAAUUACAUCUUCAUAGGUUUGCCAUGUUCUUUUCACUUUCAGAUGAUGGCGAAAUAAACUACUCCCGCAAAUAAACAAA